GUGACAGCUGCACCACAUUCAGAGUUUGCAGAGAGGAAUAAACAGGGAUAAAGAUUAGCCUCUACUUCCCACACCCACAAAUCACACCUGGAAAUCUUCUGAUUGGACAAAAUACCAUUGCCAUGUGGGACAACGCAGGAGGAUGACUGGGCUGCUGCAGCUUCUCCGCUUCACAGGAGCUGGAAGAGUGACUCUCUUCAUGAUGAACUGUGCUGUGCUUCUUCUCCUAACAUCCAGCUGCCUCACCUGGGCUGCAGUUGUAUACACCCCCAACAGAGCAGCAUCUAAGUUAAAGUAUCUCCUUGACCCGCCUGUGUACGCUGAGGUUGUUGGCCGAAGAGGAGAUAACGUCACCUUGCCUUGUAUCCUCAGAGUCAAACCUAGUCAUUACAAAGUGAAAUGGACAAAGCUGGAGCCGGAACGGGUGGGGCUGGAAAACAUUAUCAUGAUAUCAAAUGCACAUGCCUUCAAGCCAUACGGCCAUCUGGGACCACGGGCUUCUCUCCGAAAGGCUCAUGCCAUGGAUGCCUCCCUGCAGCUCAGCCAUCUUAAGCUGGAAGAUGAUGGCACGUAUCGCUGUGAGCUUAUCAACGGCAUCGAGGAUGAGAGCGUUGUCAUUACUUUGAGCAUUGAAGGUGUGGUGUUCCCAUAUCAGAGCAAAAACGGCCGCUACAGAUUCACGUUCCAUGAAGCCAGAGAGGCCUGUGCUGAGCAAGACGGCAUGCUAGCCACAUACACCCAGCUCUACAGAGCGUGGACAGAGGGUCUGGACUGGUGCAAUGCAGGCUGGCUCCAGGAUGGAACCGUCCAUUACCCCAUCAUUCAUCCUCGCCCCGUCUGCGGAGCAGAGCUGGUCUCUGGCAUCCGUAGUUAUGGACCAAAGGAUAAGCAUCGUGAUCGGUUUGACGCUUUCUGCUUCACCUCUCAGACACCUGGCUCUGUCUUCUACAUAUCGGGCUCUUUCUCCUUCGACCAGGCAGGACACGCAUGUGAAGGUCAGAGAGCUGAGCUGGCGUUGGUCGGCCAGCUUUACUCCGCCUGGCAUUUCCACAGCUAUGACCAGUGUGACGGAGGAUGGUUGAAAGAUGGCAGUGUGCGCUUCCCCAUCAGCAACCCUAGGGAGCGCUGCGGAGGCAUCCCCGAGGCAGGGGUGCGCUCGUUUGGAUUCCCCAACAAGAUGGUGCAUCUUUACGGAGCCUAUUGUUACAGGUAGCUCCAAGUAAAUGUCUCAAAGCUGCCGGGCUGCGAAUAAACCAGAAUACAUGAAUUAACUGUUAUUUAGAGAUCGAAGUUACAGCCUCAUAUCUAAAGCAACAGACAAUUACUGGCAACAUACAAUAUGAAGCUACAUUUAAUUUUACUAUGUUCAAAACUAAAUUAGUCCUAAUUAUUUUGGGAUGGGUGGUGUUAUUUAUUGUCCAGUGUGCAGUAAUUUCUAAAGCAAAAGUCCUCAUUUCUAUGAUUUGGUGGAUGCAGAAUAUUUUAAAGGCAGGAACUAAUUUAUCAGGCAGACAGAAGCUUUUACAGUGGCUCUAAACUCUGUUAGACUCUUUUACCAAAUAAAAACUGAGAGCAAAUGUUUGGGGUGGAUUACCAUGGAUUUCUGACCUAUUUCAAAGCUUUAGUGUGUAUGUGUCUUUCUUCCAUUUGACACAAAGGCAGCACAAGUCUGUGUUUGCAGUGUGUCCACCAGUUUUGACUGUGGCUGGCAAACAACCAGUGAUUCUCUAAAAAACUAAUAAUCCUUUGUAAAUAACUGUUGGCCAGUAAAACAGGCAGUCAUCUUUGGAUAAUCUCCUGUGAUUAAUGGAAUAAUUUAGUAGACUGGAAGUUUGUGAUACGAAAACAUGUUGCACACACACAAUCAUCUUGCACUAAAACGUGACAGUUUUGCAAACCUGUGUCCAUUACCAUGAUACUGAACUGCUUCCUCUGAGCUCAAUCAAAGCAACUAAACCUGGUUUGGCUGUAAAUGAACAUGUCAUUUAAUUUAUUAA